GCCGGCUUUCGGACUCAAAAUUACUGUACUCAGUUCAGACCCGUGCUAAACCAGAACAGUAGAACACGACCGAUGCCCGCCCCCAUCAAUACACUGCCAGAGCACGAGUAAAAGGGACGUCUUCUUCAAUAUACCGAUAUUGCAGACUGUUUUUCUUCCCGCCAUGGUCGCCAUGGAAGUGGACUCUCAGAGGAACACGGUACUCCAGAGGAAGCAGGCCCUCUACAAAUCUUUGGAUGAAACCUUUGAGAUUCAGAAGUUAACGUACAGGGGUCAACAGUACAGCCAGAUUUAUUUUGCUAGACUUCACUUGAUGAGAACUCUCCUUUACUCUCUUCUCCCUAACUGGAAACCGCAUUUGCCUGUCUGUAAUGUUCUGGGAUUAGAGGAAGGGAAAGAGUGCAUUAUGGUUGGGACCCUCUACAAGCACAUGAAGCUUAAACCUUGCGUUCUUGAUGAGUACUCUAAGGGGAGAAAUUCUGCACAGAUUAUACAGAGUCAAACUUUCAUGCAUCCGGAUGAUUCUUUAAUUUUGGAAGAUGAAAGUGGACGAGUCAAACUAAGUGGUAGCUUGUUAGUGCCUUCGACAUAUGUAACAGGACUUGUUGUGGCUAUACAUGGAAAGGAAACUACUGCUGGUGAUUUUCUUGUUGAAGAUGUUUUAGAGGCUGGCCUAGCAGAACAAGUGGAGCGGCCAUUUCAGUUAGAUGAAGACAAGUAUGUGGUAUUCGUCUCUGGUUUAAGAGUUGGAAGCAGCACCUCCAAUCCUUUACAGUUUCAGCUGUUCAUCGAUCAUAUAACUGGACAUUUAGGGGAUGAGAAGGACCAAAACAUUGCAUCUAAAAUUGUUCAAGUGGUCAUUGCUGGAAACUCUGUCGAAAUUCCAAGUGGACUCCUAAAUGGUCAGAACAUCGGCUCAAAAGACCAGUCAAAAUUAUCAGAGCCAAUCAAAGAACUGGAUAUCAUGCUGACUCAGAUUGCAUCAGGCAUACCUUUGGAUGUCAUGCCUGGGCCUAGUGAUCCUGCAAAUUUCUCCUUGCCACAACAGCGCCUACACAGAUGCCUUUUCCCAGGGUCAUCAACAUAUAAUACUUUCAGAUCUUGUACUAAUCCCCACUGCUUUGAGCUUGACAAAAUUAGGUUUCUGGGCACUUCAGGCCAGAACAUAGAUGACCUUAACAAGUAUUCAGAAGCAAAAGAUAAACUUGAAUUCAUGGAGCGCACAUUGAAAUGGAGGCAUUUGGCACCCACCGCACCAAAUACCCUUGGUUGCUAUCCAUAUGAUGAUAGGGAUCCUUUCUUCAUUGAAUCCUGUCCCCAUGUUUAUUUCGUGGGCAAUCAAGAUGAGUAUGAUACUCGCUUGAUCAAAGGCUCAGAAGGGCAGGUGGUGAGACUCAUAGGCAUCCCUAGAUUUGCUGAGACGGGAGUUGCUGUGGUGUUAAACAUGAGAAAUCUUGAAUGCUACACUCUUAGCAUUGGUGCUCAAAUCACCAUUUAACCAGCUGGGUGUACAAAACAAUUUGAGACCGUGAAGGCCUGAAGCAUGCAAUCACCUUGCAGUUUCUGUAUGCAGCACUUCCUCUUGUCGCAUAAAGGAAUCAUUGAAUACAGUUUCUCUUUUGUAUCAUCAGUCAUUUUGGAUAUGGUGCAAUGUAUUCAUUAGUUGUACAACAUGGAUCUCCAAGUCAUGUCUGAUCUCUCCUUGAAUGGUUGGUCUUUAACUUUGCUUGCAAAAACAGGCAACUGAUUGCAUGCAUUCAAAGGAGAAGAGCCUAGUGUGUACAAUAAUGUUUUUGUAGCAUAGGAGACACUAUACAUAUUCAUAUAUUCAAAAUUAUGGGCACUUUCGUACCUAUAAUAAUGUAUACUACGUAUUAAAUU